CUAAGUCAUGUCGAAGGAGCGAGGGCUCACGUGGUCGGAGCACGAGUCGAGCGGACAGUGUAGAAAUUCGCUAUGAAGUUCGCAUACCGGUUUUCCAAUUUGCUUGGGGCUGUGUACCGAAGGGGCAACAUAGAAUUUUUGCCAGAUGGAGACAGACUUAUCAGCCCUGUUGGGAAUCGUGUUACAGUCUUUGAUCUGAAAAACAACCACUCAGAAACUCUUCCAAUUGAGGGAAAUUUCAGUUUCACCAGUGUUGCCAUCUCUCCUGAUGGCUGCUUGAUAAUUUUGGUGAAUGAAGAGGGAGAAGCUCUGUUGUGUAGCCUUGUAAGCAAGAGUGUGCUUGGAACUUACCACUUUCACAACAAAGUAAAUCAAGUGAAGUUCAGUCCUGAUGGAAGGUUUUUUGCAGUGACUAGGGACAAAGUGGUGCUUGUGUUUCACACUCCAGGAAAAUCCCGGGAGUUUAAUCCUUUUGUGCUAUAUCGCACUUUCUAUGGUGCAUUUGAUGAUACCACAUGUAUUGAUUGGUCCUCGGACUCGAAGCUCCUUGUGGUGGGAUCUAAAUGCAUGUUAACACAUGUGUUUGCCAUCAAAUCCUACAAAAACUUGCUUGCAUAUUCCAUGGGUGGACAUAUUGAUGCCAUUGUGGGAGCAUUCUUUGAGCACAACUCUAUGGAUGUUUACUCUGCCAGCAGACGAGGCCAUCUUUGUGUAUGGAAGUGCAACAUAAACACUGGCGACCUUGUUCCAAAACCAGGCAAUCAGGAAAAUGUGUUACUAGCUGUGAAUGAAGAGGAUAAGGCAGACGUUAAUCUGGACAGUGAUGAUUCUUUAGUCAAAGUCAGCUACAAGAAGUUGGCAAGACAUGUCUUCAAGAGUUCUAAAAGUGAUGGGGAGUCAGCAGCACCAGAGUUGACUUCCUGUGUGUACCACAAGCCCACCCACAUCUUAUUCAGUGGCUUUGACAAUGGUGCUUUCCUGCUUCACGAGAUGCCAGACUUUAAUUUGAUACAUUCACUGAGAAUCUCUGAUCAGAGUAUUGCAUCAAUAGCAGUUAACAAGACUGGAGACUGGGUGGCACUAGGCUGUCGUGGAAUGGGACAGCUGUUGGUGUGGGAAUGGCAGAGUGAGUCAUACAUUCUUAAGCAGCAGAGCCACCACAACAACAUGAGCUGUGUUGCCUACUCAUCUGAUGGACACAAUCUUGCAACUGGUGGUGAUGAUGGAAAGGUUAAAGUAUGGAACACAUCAACCAGCUUUUGCUUUGUAACUUUCAAUGAGCAUUCAGGAGGGAUCACGUGUGACCUUACACAGACAGGUCAAGUUGUUAUUUCAGCAUCACUAGAUGGCACAGUCAGAGCCUUUGAUUUACACAGGUAUCGAAACUUCAAGACUUUUACAUCUCCACGCCCUGUUCAGUUUUCAUGUCUGGCUGUGGACAGCAGUGGAGACAUUGUUUGUGCUGGCGGCCAGGAUGUUUUUGAAAUCUUUGUAUGGUCUAUGCAGACAGGCAAGCUCCUGGAGGUGCUGGCCGAUCACCAGGGUCCUGUAAUGCUGGCCUUUAGUAACAGUAGUGCCAUGCUGGCAAGUGGCUCUUGGGACAGCUGUCAAGCUCUGGACAUCUUUCAGAAAAGUGGUGCCAAGGAGACCUUAACACAGCUGUCAGAUGUAUUGGCAUUAACAUUUCGUCCCGAUGGACAGGAGCUGGCAGUGGCUACAUUAAAUGCCCAGAUUGUUUUCUGGAAUCCGUUUACAUCAGUACAGACUGGAAGUAUUGAAGGUCGCCAUGACCUUGGCUAUGGCCGAAGAGACACUGAUCUUGUGACUGGCAAGACACUAGCUGCUGGCAAAGCUUUCACAACCUUGUGCUACAGUGCUGAUGGGAAUUGUGUUCUUGCUGCUGGCCGCUCCAAGAAUGUCUGUAUUUAUUCUGUUCCAGACCAACUUCUGCUGAAGAAGUUUGAGAUCUCUUGCAAUCAUUCUUUUGAUGGAAUGGAGGAGUUUCUAGACAAACGCAAGAUGACAGAUUGGGGUAGCCUGGCACUAGUGGAUGAAGGGCAGGGUGACUACAAGGGGAAGUCGCUAGCUCUACCAGGUGUGCGGGCAGGAGAUCUGUCCUCAAGAUCUUGGCGACCAGAGGUGCAAGUAGCCUCCGUGCAGUUCUCUCCCACAGGUUGUGAGUGGGCAGCAGCCAGUACAGAAGGACUCUUGAUCUACUCGCUUGAUCAGAGCUUAGUCUUUGAUCCAUUUGAGCUAGAAAUGGACAUUACACCUGCAGCCAUCCAGACCACCUUGGCAACAGGUGACCAUACCCAGGCAUUGCUCCUGGCCUUGCGACUGAAUGAAGAGGAACAUAUACAAGAGGUGUUGGAGUCCAUCCCCACCACUUGUGUUGAUUCCAUUAGUGAAGGCCUGCCAGCAAAAUAUGUUGAUCGACUUUUGACAUAUGUUGGAGGGCAUCUAGAAUCUACACGUCAUCUAGAGUUUUAUCUGUUUUGGACACGUGCAUUACUCACCUACCAUGGUCGCUUCCUUAAACAGCGCUCGCAGAAACUCAUGGCAGUGCUCCGCAAUUUGCAGAAAAACUUAACGAACAAACAGGAAGAAAUUUGCAAACUGUUUGACCAUAACAAAUACACAAUGGAGUACCUUCUGGCCCAGUCACGGCUCAAGCGUAAGAUGCGAGUAGAAGAAGAGAUGGAGACAACAGAUGAUACAGAAGACAGUGAUAGUGGAGGAAAAAGUGGUGAUGAUGAUGAUGAUGAUAAUGAUGAACAAUUCCUAAACUUGGAGGAAAGUGACAUGAAAAUUGACAGUGUGAGUGGAUAUCAUACAGAUGAUUCCUGAUUGGUGUUUGUGUGCAUGCAGGUUUGUGUAUGAGAGAGAAUUGCUGUUAUUUGUAAAUUCCCAGUGAAUAAAGUACAGAUGGUUUCUAGCUGA